AAAUUUAAAUGAGAGCAGAGCAAACUCCUAACAGGAGGAGACUCACUCAUGGCCUAUGAGACAGAGGAUCAUGAGACUCAAUACUGCUUUCCUGCCAUCAACUCAUCAUGUAUCAAGGGAAAACGCUCCAGAUAUGAAUACAAUAUCAUGUAUGUGUUUUUUUCAUUGCUGUCAGCAUGGACUGUGUUUCUGAACCUGCUGGUGAUCAUCUCCAUCUCUCACUUCAAGAAGCUUCACACACCAACCAACCUGAUCAUUCUCUCUCUGGCUGUUUCCGACCUGCUUAUGGGACUUAUUGUGAUACCCAUAGAGGGCUCCAGGCUGAUUGAGAUGUGUUGGUACUUUGGAGACACUUUCUGUAAACUGUAUUUUAUAAUCCUUGGAUUGCUCUUCUCAGCAUCUCUCAGUAAUUUAGUUUUAAUUGCUGUUGAUCGUUAUGUGGCUGUGUGUCACCCUUUACUGUACCCACAGAAAAUAACCACAACUAAAACUUUAGUGAGCAUCUGUCUGAGCUUGGUUUGCUUCUCGACUUAUAACACUAGCCUUGUAAUUAAUAAUGGAUAUUUUGACACUUCACUCAGAACAGACAGGUGCUAUGGAGAGUGUUCUGUUAUGAUGGGUUUUGCCUGGAAAGUCACUGAUCUGUUCAUAUCUUUUAUUUUUCCUUGUACCCUGAUCAUAACGUUAUAUUUGAGGAUUUUCUAUGUUGCACAUCAGCAAGUGAAAGUUAUAAACUCUCUGAUGAAGGGUGGUAAAUGUGUAAUGGAAGGUUCAGUGAGGAGGAAAUCUGAGAGCAAAGCUGCUCUGACAUUAGGAAUCAUUGUGACAGUUUAUCUGCUUUGCUUUAUUCCAUACUAUAUCUGUUCUAUGUCAGUAACCUCUUCAACAACCAUAAAUAUUUUGAUGUGGGUUGUGUAUAUUAACUCAGGUCUGAAUCCUCUGGUCUAUGCUUUAUUUUAUCCCUGGUUUAAAAAGACAGUUAAACACAUCCUAACUCUGAAAAUAUUUCAGCCAGCAUCUUCUCUGGUCAAUAUUUUUACAGAACAUUAA